AUGCCGUCCCUUCUACUGGUAGUCUUCACCCUGCAGCUACUGCUCCACAUCAUCAACACGGUGGGCGCAACCACGGUUAAUGAACUGUUAUGGAUCCUCUACAAUAAGCUACCGACGCCUACCUCUGGAUCUGCGCAGAGAUGCCAGGUUCUCAAGGCAGACAUUGUUCGUUUGAAGCGCGAGCUGGGCAACACGUCGCCUCAGGACAAUUUCUCAAAAUGGGCGAAACUGGACAGGCAACACAACAAGGCUAUGGCUGAGUUCCAAAAGCUGGAUGGCUCCUUGCGCUCACAUCAGUCCACCUUUACAUCCGCCGUCUCGACCCUCCGCUGGCUCGGCACCCAAGGCCUUCGCUUCGUCCUCCAGUUCUGGUUCUCCAAGUCGCCCAUGUUCUGGAUUCCCGCUGGUUGGGUGCCAUACUAUGUUGAGUGGAUACUGAGUUUCCCGCGCGCACCACUUGGAAGCGUGAGCAUAAACAUUUGGGGUAUUGCAUGUGCCAGUAUGAUAGCACUGGCAGCAGAGGCAGUAGCGGCGCUCUGGGUACUUGUCAUGAACAAACCGACCCCUGUGGCUGCAGAGAAGCAACGCGAGAAGCAGGAGGCCAUGGCAUUUAGUGCAAACCAGAAACCUACAGAGAAGAAAGAAUUGUGA